UUAAUUAGUGAUGUUGGAGCCAGCGACACAUCAUUGCCCUUAGUAGCAGAUUCUGAUGAGCAGAAGGCACCUUUAACCAAGGGGAUUAAGGCAUCCAAUGAAGACUUUCAUCUUUCCUUACCACAAUAUGAAACACCUGAAAGCGAGUUCCAUCAGAAAGAGAAAUCUCUCCCUGGAUCUUAUUCCUCAUUAGAUGAACUUUGUGGAAGAAAGAAAAACAAAUCUAAGAUAAGCAAGAAGCUCUUUGGCAAAAAGGAUAAUGAUGAAUCAGAGCGAGAACUGGAUAAAGCUUCAAAAGUAUCCACUGUCAAUAUUCCUGAUGGAAAAGAAACAACACUGAAAGAGCAUGAGGUUGACAUUGAAAUCUGCCCCAUAGAACAUGCCCCUGAUAAAAAUGAGCCAGACAUUGAUAUUUAUCCACUUGACCAAGAGGUUUCAAUACCUGUGUCGUCAGUUAAUGGCUCAGAGAACAAAUCUUCUGGUAGUUCCAAAGGAGUCAGCGACAACAUGGAUGGUAUCAGUGCUCCAGAAAUUGUUAUGUCAACAGAAAACCAUGUUGACAGUAAAACAACAGUAACAUCCUGUGAUAAGCAGUCUGCUUCAGAUGAGCUGUAUAAACAGGUGAUGUCAGGAAGAAUAGAUGUUACUAUUCCUAACAUGGCCAAGAUUGUCAGGAUAUUUACCAGCUCCACGUUCACAGGUAACAGCACAUGUUGCUCGGGAAAAAGUGGGGGGGGGGGGGUAGUCACCCUUGCAGCCGUUUUUGGGUGAGUUAUAAGUAGGUUAGUAAAACUCUUUUUUAAAGAGUCGAAGGUGAACUUGUAAACUUGUGGUUGUCACUAGUUGUAUCCAGUUGAAUCUUUGAAUUUUUGUAGCUUCUUUUUGCAAUUAAAUCAUGUUCACGAUUUUUUCACCAUUGCCACCAUGUUUGCUUAAACCUUUAUGGCCAAAAGGAGACAAAAUUGUUUACAAGGAGGCUCCACCUCGAGGUGCAACCCCUUACCCAUUUAUGUACCAUUUUUGACAGAAAAGUUUAUAUCUCUCUACUAAUUUGGAAUGCUGCACCCCUUUUACUAGUAAGUAUGGUAAAUGCACCAUCUUUUAAAUAUGAAUAAGUCAGUAAACCAGGAAGUAUUCUUGUCUUUUUUCACAGCCAUAAAAUGCCCCUGAUAGCUUUUUUACUGUAGGUCCUUUCACAGACCACAAUGACAGAUUUCCCUACAUGUUUUCAUAUAUUUCUACCUGUACAAAUGAAACUCCUACCCUCCCAUAUACCUGAAGCCCUGAGAAUGGUACCCCUUUUGGGCGGAGCCUUACCGUAUAGGCCAUUAUAGGGAGUACUCCCCUGGCUUAUGGCAAAGCUUAUGCUAUGACAUUGUGUAACUAAUAUCCAGUACAAAACCUAGUAAGGUAACUUUAUCUUACUUCUACCACAGAUACAAGAGUUGAGCGCAAUGUACUGAUGAACAGAGUGUACCCCAAGCUGAGAGAAUUCUGUCAUGAACAUGGCUAUGAAUUCCAUGUAGUGGACAUGCGCUGGGGUGUACAUGAUCCCUGCACAGAUGAUCAUUCUAUUAGUGAGAUUUCUCUCAAGGAACUCAGAACUUGCCAAGAGCUCUCUACUGGCCCCAACUUUGUGGUAAGAUCCGUAAGAAAUACAUGUUAAUUCAAGCUACGUAGUUAUAUACAUGAAGCUGGAAGUUUCUCCCAACAACUCAUACUCUCAUUGGUUACUGCAAGGUCACAUGACAUCUACCAAUGAAACUGUUUCCUACCAAAAUCUCCGAGCGCGCAACACUGCAAAAUCUAUGAAAUCAGAGGGUAACAGUACACUGUUACCCACAAAUGUUGACCGAUGACCACUGUUGAGCAAGGUUUAAUGAAUUUUGAGCUUCAUAUUAACUGUUUCCCAGGCCCGGUCAUUUAAUAAGUGUUAAGUGUAUGACUUAAUAUGAACAAUGUUGCCCUUAGAGAGUAAAGGAAGUGUGAUUUUGCAAAAAUUUACUUUGGUAAAAUUGUGGGAUUGGUUGGCAUAUUCAGAAAGAACUAGAUGGAAUAAGCCAGGGGCACCCAACGAGAAUAUAGUUCAAAACCACUUAAACAUAGCAUUGUUAAACGUAUUUUAGUAUUUAAACUGUAGAUAUAGGCAUAUUUUUAUCCCCUAAAAAUUUUUCAUCUGUUCGGAUUUCCUAGCUGAAAGUCUAGUGAUCCGAAAAUAAUAGGGAUUAAAACUUACUUUUUCGAAAAUUUCAGCCAGGAAAAAGGCUCCCGAAAAUUCUAGGUGACCUUUUUAGGGUAAAAAUCCGUUAAAAAUAGGCAAUUAUACCAUUUUUACGUGUUCGAAAAUCCUAGGAGAGGCAGGCAAGCAAGAAAUUUUACAACAAAUGUUUCGAAAAUUCUAGAUCUCAAAUCGUCUUCCGAACAGAUAUUCUUCCGAAAAUUGUCUUUGGGUGCCCCUUAUAAGCCCCCUGUUAAAAAAUCAGCCUGUUAGUGUAAAUUGGUGGAGAGAUAAUUAUGCAUAUCAUUAACUGUUAUGCUCUGAAGACUUCAUUCAAAGCUUAGGGAAGGAUAAGCUACAGAUACAAAAAGUAGAAUACCCUUUCCGCUUAACAAGAUCAGCGUCAUGUGAUGUGGUCUUGUUUUCUAAUCAUACUCAUCUGAGAACUUUGUCAUGUCCGUCUCUCGCACUCCUCAGCUCUCCUCAUACAUGUAAGUACCAGAGGUAACUUAUCGAUGAUGAAUAAUAUCAACAAGCGAGUAAUCAAUGAGUAAUCAUUGGGUAAUCAACUGAUUAGUCAUUGAUUAUUGGCCAAUAUUUAAGCAAUAGACCACACUUUCUACGGGUUUACCGGCGUGAUAACCCACUUGGGAUGUUUGGAGAACACGAGAAAAGCUUGUAAAUCACGAGCCAAAGGCGAGUGAUUUACUUUGGCUCGUGAUUUACAACCUUUUGUCGUGUUCUCCUAACAUCCCAAGUGGGUUAUCACACCGCUAAACCCAAAGAAAGUGUGGUCUAGUGCUUUCAGUUUUCUAUGACUUUACUGGCACAAUUAACUAUAGGUUUUUAACCAAUCAGAACGCGCGUACUAUCUUAAAUAUUUUAUAAAUAGACUUAGCCAGGGCUAAAAGCGAAGCUCUCGAUAAUAUACAUGUAUAUACUGUAGUUCGUUCAAACAAAAUAUAAAAUCGUGUCUUCUCUGAAUGCUAAGCGGCGAAGGCAACGCUGAAAAACGGUGAAAAACAACAAUAGGUCUAAUUAGCAGAAAAGCAACUUUGCACGUGCAGCACACUUUUUUGUACAUUUCUUUGCCGUUGUUUUGCACGACUACAACGUGAAACUUCCAGAAACUUAGUUGCACUUUUAAUGGAGGAAUGUCGUACGUGUUCUCGUUCACUUUUUUCACUGCCUCUCAUUUUCACCUUACAUUUGAUUUGUGGCCGCUAGCAUUUCUCAUUUUAUCACCGCCGCUGUAAAAUUUUCAUUCUCUUCUUCCAACAAAAAAAUGUCUCCUUUGUUUUUUAUCUCUCGCUCUAGAUCUCUGUCGCCCUUUUUCUCGUUGAGUUUCGCUGGCCUCCCACUUUUUCUCUUUUUCUUUCUCUUGCUCUCUAUUCCAAAUUUGUGGACAUGACAAUUAAUCUAAGCUUAAGACGGAAUCAACCAGGAAAUUGGGUAAUUUUAAUUUUGAGUGGACAAAAAUCUUGUACCAGAAUAAUUUAAAGCAUAUCGCAUUCAUACUAAUCAACUGAUUACCCAUCGAUUACUUAUUGAUUAGUCAUUGAUGUCAUUGAUGUCAUCGAUUAGUAACGUCUGGUAAUUAAUCGUUUCUACCAACACUGACCGGAAAAAACCAGCAGGACAUAAGAGAAAGUUAGGGCCCGUUUACAUAGAGGUGGAGCACUGCAGGUAGGUGAGGCCGGUAACCCGCUCACUUGGGGUAAAAAAAAUUGCCCGUGUUUGCAUGCAAUUAUGCAACCCCGCCAUCCCAGUGUGCAGUUUCUGGGGUCCCCCACCUCCAUGCAAAAAAACCCCUUAGAAUCACGAUCACGUCAUUUUCAUCACAUGACCAAGUUUUCUCUGAAGUUGUCGUUUACUGUUCAUUAGGGACCUUAUGAUCCGAUAACGGCGAGGUCCAAGAAAAAGUCGCUGAAAAAUAGACUUUGCAUCCUUUCACUUUUUUUCGCGAUUAUUCCAAGGGGCCCGGUUACUUAAGGAAGGGAAUUUAGUUUGGAGCUGAAGAGAAGGGACCGCGCCCAAGUUCUUACAGAGAUGGUAGAAUUUAUCGCCUUGGCGUUCCCAUUCUCAAGUAAACUUAAAAUUUGGCCAUUUCAUGUCGUAGUUGUACAGGGACUGCAAAGAAAUGUACAAAAAAGCGUGGUGCACGUGCGGAGUUUUUGUUUUGCUCAUUAAACCUAAUGUUUUUUUGAUGUUCCGGUUGUUGUCGCCGUUGCCGUCGCAGUUUCGUAAGGUUCCUAUUAUACAGUGGAACGUCCAUUAAGCCGACACAAGGGGUACCGGCAAGUGAGCGCUUAAUGGAGAUUGGCCACUCAAUAGAAUUUCGUCAUAAAUCAGCAAAAUCUUUAACAGAAACUCUACUUUAUUUUGAAACAAACGCGUGAAAGAAAGAAGCUUCACUGGUCCACAAUUAGUUGUCACCUUCUAUCUCAGACUGUAUUUUUCUUCAUCAUAUUCCGGCUUAACAUCAAGCCAAACUGAGUGUAUCAAGCGCUUGAUGGACACUUAAAAGAGGUGACAACAAUGAGAGAACUUUCGUUGGCACCGCCAAAAGGUGUCCGCAGCCGUUUAAUAGAGGUAUCCGCCUAAAAGAAGUUUAAUUUCCCAUUCUUUUCUACACCUUUUUCGGAACUUUGGUUACUGGCCGCUUAAUGAAGGUUCGAGGGAUCUACACAAAGCCUGCGGCUCGUGUUCCACUUCUUUGUCUUUUAACACUGAACAGACUCACGGCAGCAUGGAAUCAUCAUUGUUCGUUUUAUACAAUGUACAGAAAAACGGAAAACUUGCCUCGUAUAGCUUGACUGUUGGAGGAUUUGUGCUAAGCCUAGGUGGCAAACUAUUUAAAAACUUCAAGUAGUUUCAGUACUUUUUGUUUUUAUCAUCUAUACAAUUGACUAUUAUUUACCAAAUUGUCAGAAAUGGUUCUGUACCUCAUUAUAAUAAGUAAUUAUCCUCUCUUGAUUUAAGGGGAUAUUUAAACACAGCGCAAAUUACCGAAUGUUGAAUUCUAGUUGUCGCCUGUUAAUCAAAAUAAACACUGAAGGUGAAUUUGCAUUAAAAAUUUGAGAAAAAGAAGACUACCGAAAAUAGAUUGAGUGGAAAAGGUCUUAUAAGUAUUGGAUGCUGUUACGAGCGCUUUCACGAUGACUAACAUGAAAAUGACCAACCGAUAAUCUGGAGGAUGUGUCUUCAUAUCCAUAGAUAAUUAUACAAAUGAGAAUUUUUUUCAUUGAGCUCGGCUAUGGAUAUUGAUGUUUUUCCAGCCACACAAAACACCGUAAUUUUUAGGGAGUUAUUAUAACUCCAAAAAUGGAGUAAAAAUUUUAGGUACAGGAUAACCCCUUUUUGGGGGUUAUUUUAACUCCUAAUUUAACUCCGAAUUUGGGGUCAUUUUUACUCCUGAAAAAGAGUUCUUUUUACUCCCAGUCUGGAGUUAAAAUUACUCCGAAAUGGGGUUACUUGUACUCCUUACAUGGGUUGUUUUUACUCUUUUUGGAGUUAAUUUAACUCUGAAAGUGGAGUAAAAAUUUUAGGUACAGGAUAACUCCUUUUUGGGGGUUAUUUUAACUCCUCAAUAUCUGGGGUCACUUUUACUCCUGAAAAAGAGUUCUUUAAACUCCUUUUUGGAGUUAAAAUAACUCCACGAAAAAUAACUCCACUGUAAGGAGUUAAAUUAGCCCCACUAGAGGAGUUAUUAUAACUCCCUGAAAAUUACAGUGUGUGCCAGUAAUAUGACAGUCCGAUGCCUAAUUCACCGUGGUACAUUUACCAUGUAUUAUAGAAAACAAUAACCUUAAUUAUCAAAUUUCGGCUUUUUCCUCUCAGUUCCUACGUUCUUUCUUUGCGGGCUUUUAUACUAGCUUUUAGUGAGAAAAUCCAACCCAUGACAAAUGUUUUUGCAAUAAACACUUAUUAUACAACCACCGCAAUUAUAUAAUCAUACAACUGCAAUGGCAUUAGUUUCUUCUUUUUAAAUCCAACAUAAGCUGAGUAAACUUCCUAACUCUGGAGCAAGACGUUCAGCAUUAUCUAAAGAGAUAAAUGGAUUAAAAAGCGUUCACUAUGGACCGAAAUGAAACAGAAACAGCGACCAUCUUUUCAAACACAACUAAGUCAGUGUUCCAUUGCUCGCACGAACCAAACUUAGUAUGGGAUUUACAUGACACUACUUCUCCUUGGGUUUUCGCCGCUAUCGCGUCUAUGAUCUCUCCUUCUGCGGUUGUUUUGAAUGCAUUAAUAAUCAUAUCAGUGAAGCGAAGGAAAGAACUGCAGAGAGCUUCUAAUAUUUUGUUAUCAAGUAUGGCCGUUACAGAUCUUCUAGUAGGAAUUUUAUGUGUGCCGUUAUCUGCUGUGGUUGGACUGUUAGUUCCUUAUCGAGUACUGGCUGACCAUUACAUUUGCAAGUUGGACUUUGUUGCGUUAUCGCCCACGGUCACCCUAACGAUUUGUUCGGUGUUUCAUUUGACAAUGAUUGCAUGGGAAAGGUACAUGGCCAUUCGAAAAUGGAUAGACCACAAGGUUAUGGUGACUAGAAGCCUUACAAAAAAGAUGGCAAUAGUAGCUUGGAUAUUAGCAAUAGUAACCGUAUCUCCACCACACUUUAUUACUCUCAUGAUGAGGGAAAAUGACAUCAUCAGUUUAGCUUUGGAGAUUUUCUUCAUUAUCUUUCAGUUUCGGUAAUGUUUGCUCUAUGUCUUAUCAUAUAUUUUUAUGUCAUGGUGUAUCUUGGAGUUCGCAAACGCAAAUUAUGUCAAAUUCGGCAAGUCAACGGGUUAGUGAACGCCAAACGUGAACACAGAGUAGCUAUGACCACUGUUAUGGUUACGGUUGCCCUGAUUCUUUCUUUUUUCCCAACUAUUCUCGGCGGGAUAUUACAAGGAAUCUAUCCAGUGUUUCGUCAACGUUUGGCGGUGCGUGUACAGGACACAUUUUUGCAUCUAAAUUCUGUAGUUAAUCCACUCAUUUAUUGCUACAGAGAUUGCCGUUUUAGGAACGCCGUGCUGGAGAUCUUGAGGAUUAGAAGACCCAAAGUGGAACCGUUUGUUGUAAUGUCUGAUGCAGCAAGUUCCCGCCACGUGAGACAGAACGAUAUAUCCGGUUCCGGAAAAGAUAAGCCACAGAUACAGAAAGCGAAAAACCCUGUUCCCUUAACAAGAUCGGCGUCCUUGGAGUUGGUCUUGUUCUCUGAUCAGACUCAUCUGGGUUUUCAAAAGAUGGUGCUAAAAAGAACCUUGUCAUGUCCGUCUCUCUGACUCCUCAUAAGUAAUCGUUUCUACCCGGCAACUCUUGGAUUGCAACAACCAACCGGACAUUGUCGUCGCUACAGCAGUGACCCAGAUGUAAGCUCCGAUGUUCGAUUCCCGCGGCCUUUUCAAACUUUGGUGAAUGAACCUGGUUUGUUUGUUGGUCGGAAUAUUUAUUCAAAGCUUUGUCUGAACAACAAGAGGACAAAAACACCCAAGCAUUGAAAACCGCGUUCGUUUGACAUGAUCAGCAUCUUGUAGUUUUUUGGGACAGACGGCAAAUUGUUGUUGCUCAAAGUAUCUAUAAGUCGUAACUGUUCGUCAAUAGGGUACCUAAAAUGUGUGCAGUUCUACAAUUGGUUUCGACUCAUCCUCAUUCUGGGCGAUGUACUCUAUUAUUACGUUUUAUUAUAUAAACACCAAAUGAAAUACCAGGUGAGUUUUCGCGCGAAAACAUCAUAUCUUCACACGUGAAAAUAACAUGUUAUUCAGUUUCACAUGUGAAAGGAUCACCGUUGCUAUGGCUACAUAAUAAAUCGCGCCUUUCGCAGCAAAAAAAUAUGUAAGUGAAAUGGUUUGGAAUUUCAUUGGUGUUUAUAUAGUAAAUAGAACAUUACAUGGCCGCCUCGAGACCGCGCGGCCGUGUAAUAGCCUCCAUAUGUUACCUUUAAAACCACAGGCCGCCCAGACGCACUUUGCAUGUCAAUAACUAUACAUCGAAGAUCGACAAAAACGGAUCGGGACUGGAGACGACGAUAUUCGACCGAGAGGAGUUGUAAAAUAUGUAAUAUUUCAAAUAAAUAUAUCUUUACCAUUACAUCCUUGUCUGUUUAUUUGUCCUGGUUCAUUUUCGACUAGAAUUUCCUCUGUUUCUCGUCGAGUCUGACGGUUGUUUUUUCACGGCAUAGUCGCCUUUUUAGUCACGUGAGUAUUUGAAACCACAUGCUCGAUGAACACUUCAGACGUUCGCUUAAUUCAGUCAUUCCACAUCACUAAGAUCUGUUUGUUUAUUUGAGUCUUUCAGGGGGUCUAACAUUUGAUGAGGUCACCUCUGCGCAAAUUGUCACUUCAGAAUUGAAUUCACGCUGUUUCUUAUUCCAUUCAUUCGAUUUGUCGAGUAUUGGGAAAUUUUCCUGUAGGUGAUUCUAAAGGACGGCAUCUAAGUUCAAAAAAAAGAAACAGGAGUUUUGUUUUUCAAUCAAAUUUCCCAUGAAAGCUAUUUUCUUCCGGAUGCUCACCGAGAUAUGAUAAUUUUGGUACGGUUUAGUCUCUCUUGCAUCACUCUCCGGGGGACUCUCCUGAUGGUGAAAUACAAAGUCCGCGGUAUCAGGACGUCCCAUCAUGAAUCAAUGAUAUUUACAUCAAGCUCAAUAAUGUUCAAUUAACUCUUAAAAUAAUGGACAAUUGCGUACCUGAAGCACCAUCUCUUCUCCGUGAAGUGUCUCUCUCGCCCGAAAUACCAUUCAACACCCCGCCCAUUUUCUUUUUAGAGUUUUUAAUUCUCGGCAUGAUGUACACUCAGCUGGCUGGAGACGUUAAGUGACGGGAAUCCCUUCCCUUCCCCAUCUAUUGUCUCAUACUAAAUUAUCAUAUCUCGGUUAGCCAUUUGGAAGGUAGGCAAGCGCGGUCAUUGCACGCGUGCUGAACAAGAAUGGUGUAUCAUGACAGACUAGAAACAAUAGAAAACUCCCAAAGCACAAACUCAGCCAAAACGCUUAAAAUCUUCAAUGUUUACUCAAGUUUGGGCUUAUAGAAGAUAAUGUCACAGUUUUUCAAUGACCAUGAAAUUCAGAAUCCGGGUAGUUAGUUAAUCCAUCGUGGCCCUGAAAAAAUUUGAAGGAAAAACAAAAACUACGAACUUUUAAGAAAAUGCUUUUUUCGUGAGAAGGACUCUUAAACGCUUACAAACGUCAACCAAUAGCUAAAACUAUAAUUUCUAUAUGUUUACAUUGCUCAAAAUCGCGCGCAUUUACAUGGCCCUAAAGCUUUUUGCUGACGUGCAAGGACCCAUCUGUUAUAAAGAUCCCCAAAAUAAAGGGAUAAAUCACAUAGUUUGUUAGAAAUAAUCGUGUAAAGUUUGCUUAUCAUUUUCACAUAAUUAUGACCUAAAUUUGCAAACCGCUAAAUUUCUCGCAUUGGGUCUUUGCGAUUUUGGUGAAACGCUGUUCAACGCACGGCACUAAUGCGCACUAUAUGUAGCCGAGAGUUUUUCGCCAAAAAAUGCCGGCAACAGCAGAAUUUCGACUCACACCCCAAAGAGGCGUGGCACUAUAACCACGUGACAUUUACUCCGGUCGCCAGAAAAUUUUAUGCUAUAUUGUAGAUUGAUCUAUAUGUUAUCCAUGCUAUACGUUAGACCUACGAUCAAAGUAAAGGUGGAGAUACCAGAGAGCUUCAAAGCAGGAUGGUACCCCUACGAAAUAACUAGGUGGAGUCACCUUAAUAAUAUAAUAAGUUACAACCGCAAAACUGCACACUAAACAACUGCAACUUCAACUCCUUGCUCUAUGGCAUUCCAAAAUACCAACAUGGUCGGUUGCAGAUUAAACGUGAAUUCUAAAUAUCCCAAAGAAAAAGGCUAUUGAGAAAGAUCUGAAGAACGCUAAACAAUCGACUUACAUCAUCACACAAAGGGAAAAAAACUACUUCAAAAAGAAAAAUUAAUGAUAAAAAGUGCAAUCUAAAGAAAAUAAUGAAAAGCAUAAAGCACAAAGUGCAAGCAAACAAAAGCCGCAAAAGAAAACUGAAGCGAAAUGUACGAGUUGACGUCGAGUGACCUGGGAAGCUUUAGCAACGACGAUGGCGGCGGCACUGACGAGAACGGCAAAAAAGCGAUGGGUUUAGAUUGGCAAAACAACAACUCUACACAUGCAUCACGCUUUUUUGUUCAUUUCUUUACCGUCACUGCACGACUACGACGGCGCGUGAAAGUGCCUAGUUUCACGUUUUGUGGAGGACGCAUGAACAAGUGAAAACGAAUUCGUCUUUCUCUUUCUAAACUUGAGUGCGGUCCUCAAGUAAUCAACACCAGGGAAUUCGCCUAUAUUUGACAUUUUCAGCGAAUUGGAAAGAACUCAGAUUCAUUUUAAAAGUGACGUUUUCGGCGCUGCCGUCGCCGUUGUCGAUGUUAAAGCUACACAACGAGCUAUAAUGUAACACCUAAAUACCCGAAUACAAAACAAAGCGAGGAAAUAUAUCAGGAAGGGAUAGUUUUACCUCAUCACAUCUCUAUUUAGAAUUGUUACUAAUUUGAGGGAGUUACUUUUUUACUCUUUUUGAUGAUGUAUGUAAUAAUAUCCUUUUCACAGACAUUCCUGUGUCAGAAGUAUGGUUAUCGCCCUUUUCCACACAUUAUUCCUUGUGAUGAAUUUGAAUCACUCCUUGCUGUCAUUGAAGAUGAGAAUAACAAAGACUUCUUAGAUGCCUGGUUCAAACGUGAUGACAAUGCAGUUCCAGCGAAAUAUGUUCUUCAACCGAUCAGUUCACAAUUUCCAGAUUUUGUUGCUCCAACAAGUAAAGAAGCUAAACAGCAAGCCUUGAGGGAAUGGUGGAAUGUGUUCCUUAUGCUGCAGAGUAUUUUGAGAAAGGCAGCUGAAGAAGCACUGUCCAAAGAUGCUGCUCACAGAUAUCAACAAUCCGGUGGGUUUAUUUGUCAUUUUUAUUCAUUUAAAAUAUUUCGCCGUUUCUGAUUGGCUCCAAUCCCCCGGCUAAUUCUUUAUAACCAGCCGUCGCUUACCAUAUUUAGAAGAUGUAGGCAAGAACUUAUCGAUUUGAUGGUAUACUUCUAACAGCGUCAUUUCCAGGAAAUACCGCUUCAGCUGUUUAUGCCUUUGUGAACUAAAGAACAAUGUCGUUCACGACCAUCUAAAGACGUAAAAGCCGAAUUUCUGUCUAAAACUGAACGGAAGAAAUGCAGUAAUUCGCAAAAAAUAUUGCUCGAUGGAUUUCAUCUAUUUUUAGUGAGUAUUUGCAAUGCGAAACAUGAAAAAACCUUGCGCGAGAUACAGGCAAAUAUUGGAGAAAAGUCUACUAGGAGCUAAGUUCGUUAAGAACUUACAAGUUUUUUGAAUGAGUUAUCAAGCAAUUAUCCAAUUCGGCUUUCGUAUGAUAUAAAGAACUAUGCAGAUCUCGGAGGAUGUUAUCCACCUCCUCGAUUUACAUAAUUCUUCACAUUAUAAUCAGCAGCACAAAGAAGCAAAACUAAACCUAAUAAUUUACCUCUAUCAAGUACGCAGUCGAAAAAUUUGGAUGUGUAUAGGCGAAUCUUUGGUGACGUCAUUGUUUACAUUUGUGCUUAUUAGCAUACGCGUUAACUCAAAGAUGGCGUCACCGUAUGCACAAAUUAAAUUCAAAAGUUGAAAGAGUUGGUUAAUUUGAGCAAUUUAUGUAAUUUUCAGCUCUUUUCAGGCAGUAAUAAAGGAAAUAGCAGCCAUCCAAAACUGCGAAAUUGGUGUGUGGCAAAAACGUCAAUCAGCCCAUACAUUCCUUGUAAAUUUUCGAGUUUUUCAAAGAUAAUUCGCCCUAUAUUACCCGUUAUAUCGGGCUCCAAUUUUCACAGAUAUCUCAAGUUGUCAUGCCCUUUCGAUAUUCAGAGAGUUUAUUUUGUUUGUCCGGGUUUCGGAUGUUUUCGCUCUGGCCAAUAGCCCACGUUCGAUAUAUUCAAAUUCUUACAUGACUGCGAGCCGUUCUGAUCACUUGUCUAUAUUUGGUUCGGGAACUGCGAGACAAUGGAGUCGUGAAAAAUGUGCAAUUUUGACCCUAAAGCCUCAGAGUCAUGUGAGAAUUUGAAUCUAUCGAACGUGGGCUAUUAGAAGGUGGUCGACGGAAACAUUUUAUUAGAAAAGUAUUUGUUUUUCUCUCGCUAGACUCAGAGGAGGAGAUAAAACAAGGAAUUCUGCAAGCGAAUUGCCCAAACUCUCACGCAUUUUGGUUUCAUCGGAUUAUCACAGACAUGAAAGAUAACGCCCAAAACCACAACGCCGCUAAAUACAUUGACAUAGAGGAGCUUCCACAUAAAGAAAACAGUAGGGUAGGAUCAAGGGGAUGGGAUGAUACGGCAAAGAAUCUUCUAGAAUCACUAAAGAAGAAGCAGAUCCCUAGGGCACUUAGUAAGAACAAUACAAUUUCGUACAACCUUAAGUGGGUGGAAAAUGGUAUCGACACGCAUUCAAGCGAAGAGCACCAGAGGUACAUUGAAAAGCUGUGUCAAGAUUUCCACAACAAGAUGAAAGAAUGUAUCGAGAAGGCUAUCAAGAAGGCGAAAAUAUCGAGACCAGAUAACAUCCUAUUUGAAGAAGUUUCUCAGCAUACAGUUCAUUGUAAGCAGCUCUGUUCGUCCUUAAACGACCAAAAUCGGACGUUGAAUAGAAUUAAGAGUUAUGUGACUGGGGAAAAAGGUUUCCCUCUGGUUGUUCAUGGUCAGCAAGGCUCUGGGAAGACGUCAUUAGUUGCCAUGGCAGCUAGCAAGUGUUCUUCAUGGGUGGGGUCAGAGGUAGCAGUUGUCUUGCGGUUUAUUGGAACUACCCUUCAUUCGUCUAAAGUCCAGCAGCUCUUGCAAAGUAUCUGCCAUCAGCUGUGCGUGGUGUUUAAUGUUGAUUCCGAGAGUGUUCCGAAGGUAAGCGUGAUUUUGUACAUUAUACUGGGUUCUACACGCAUUUUGGUUGGUAAUUAGUAUGAGCUAAGGCGUUGUUUACACGAUGCCGUAUAGGUUUUCGUGCUGAAUCGAAAUAAGUAUAGUAUGUUCACAGUAACAGCACAGAACUGGAACAAGUCGUUCACACACAUCGAACAUCGUACCUGGACCGUUGGCUGAGAGGGUUUGGUGAACAAAGUUCCAGUCGUCCACACACUCUUGAAUAUUUACUUCCGUUUCAGUGGAUUCCUGUCCUCGCUCGUACAAAUAAACUUCCGCUACCGUCCGGGUACCUGUUCACACUGCACCAAAGCGUGGCCAGAACCUGUUCGAUUUGCGCCGAAAUCCCCGUUCUUAUGUUUAAACGGAGGCCCUAUCCAGUAUUGUUUUUGUGCCGGCAUAAGAGCUAUCCUGUAUCGAGUGAACACAGCCUAAGGUUACUAGUGUAGAUACACUAGCGAUGAGCUACAGAAGACUCGAAGGAGCUAAGAAAACUUGACUUAUAGGUUAAUGUGACGAACAACCCGCAUACUUUUAGGACUGGAAUGUCGAAAUGUGAAUUUUCAGCCCAGAAAAUAUACGAGAAACGAUGCGCAGGUGACUCGGACGAAAACAAUGAUCUCAGUUUUCUCUUGGACUAGGCAAAGUUUUCUCAACAGGAGUCGAAUCAAAGGCCUGAGAUCUGUUGUAACACAUUUUUGAGUAUGGUGGGCAGUUUGAAAUGCGGAUAGAAUUUGCCCAUGUUAACUAAAGACCUUUUGUUAGUGAUUUUGACAAGUAGGAAAAUGCACAAAUGAAAGAGAACAGUAUUUUUGUCUUGAAAAGUAGUAAAAUUUCGAACCUAUAAUUGCGUAUCAAUGCUCACAGUCGAGCGGUACCUUAAAGAAAUUAAUUCUCUCUGACCGUACGUUCGUUGUGCUAUAGACUACUGAAGAUGUCGAAUUGCGUUCUAGGCGUUCAUUGCAGCAAACCUUUAUCUUGAAGCCAUUUGCAACUGAACAGACGCAUAGGUCAGGGAUGAAAUUUUGUCUUACCAGCAGGCUCCUAUAGUUAAAACAGUAGAUAGCCCUAUCCACCUGAUUAAUUAUUAUCAAGAGGAUAAGUACUAAGAAAACCAAUUGCACUGCCCACUGGUUAGAGAUUUAUCCAGUAGAUAGUGGUAUCCACAUCUUUUAAUAGCCUUUACAGGCGUAUUUCCGAUCGUUGCCUCUCUUCACCCGAACCUUUUGAACAAUUGCGCCAGUUUUUUAACGAACGGUUGCGCAGAAAAAUACAUCAAAAGUUAGGCAGUUGCCAACCUUUCGUAUCCUUGUAAGCUCUCUUGUAUGCUGGCGUUUGCUUUUGAGCAACCUCGUUCACAUAAUUUCACAAUGGCUAAAGCUACUGUACAAUUUGUAACCGUGAUGUGUGUGACUUUGGGUUGCGAUAUUUAACGUUGAGGUUUUUUAGUUAGCCGGCUUGCACCGGGUAGCUGUGUGUACACCAUCCACGUUGAAUCAAGAAAGCAGUUUUAAAAAGGAACCCAUCUCAUGUUGAGCGAACGGUGUCUAUUAAAAAAGUGAGACAACAAUUUUUUUUCACUCUGAUUCGAAGAGAAGUUUACUUUCAUUGCAGGACUAUCAAAAUCUGGUGAAGGAAUUUCAUAGGCUUCUUCAAAAUGCAACAGCCACUCAUCCAUUGGUGUUAUUUCUUGAUUCAUUGGACCAACUUCACAGCUAUAACAUUACCAGGGAGAUGUCAUGGUUACCAUGUAAUCUGCCACCUCAUGUAAAGAUUGUUCUCAGUUGCUUGACGGGCGACCGGGCCUUUGCUGCUCUUAAGGUAGGCCAUUUGAUAAUAAAUAUAACUUUAAUUUACAUUAUCUGACAAAUAGCUCCGAAAGAAGACACGCUGUGUGUGGCGUGUCAUAAAGAACUGCACUAACAAACAAAUGUCCCACUUGACCCAGUUCUAAAAUAUGCUAUCGCCUAUGUAGCGCGCAUUCGCUCAAAAGAGAGAAGCUUAUUGAUUGAAUGCUGAUGCCCAAAGGUGUAUUAGUUUUUAAAGGUCCAUUUUGCUUUCUUAUCGAGGGCAUCCAUCCAUCUCAUUUCUAAAACCUCUUUUCUGACUGACUGCGAAAGGCGUGACACUAACGUUGUUCCCGAACAUGGUAAAAUGUAGAUGAAAGCAUGAAGAUGCUUCAUAUGUUAUGGCUUGAGUUAGCGAUGACCUACUUGGCUGGUGCUUCUAAAGUUCCAAGAGCGAGGAUUGAGAAAGCUUACUUAUUCGUGUAAUGGGUAUUCGUGAGAUUUUGUCAGCCUCUAUAUAGACGCCUAUUUUUGUUAGGGAUAUUAUGGACCCUGUGCCUCAUACAUGUAGCUGUUUGCCUUGAUCAUCGUUCACUUUGUACCGUGGAAAACUGCCAAGCUUUCAAAGCCAUAUCAUUGUUCCUCAAACUGCCAUCCUAGCUGGCUAGCCGGCUAUGACCUAUUCUUGUUGACAGUUACACUUACAUUUACAUCUGCGUAAGUCUGUUACUUUUCGUGAAGUUCUUUAUUGAAAGCACUCUGGCUGUGCUUUUCUUUCCGUAAACGAUCAGUUACUUCCCUAAGCAACUUGCAGCACCUAGAUUCCUUUUCCAAGUCUUGGUAUUUUUUUUAAUCACUACAGGCCAUCGCUACUGACGAAGAUCAUUUCGUAGAGGUCCCGGAUUUUACUGAUGAUGCAGUAGUAGACUUUCUUAAAAUGAAGCUGAAUGAGAACCAAAGAAAACUGACUGAAUCGCAAGAAAAUUUCAUCCUAAAACAAGUAUCACGAUGUCCCUCUGCCCUUUGCUUGAAGCUUGCUGUGGAGCAGGCAGUUCUUUGGAGGUCGUACACGGCUGUUGAGAGCGCCAGCCUCGCUUCGUCAGUACGUGAAAUGAUCAACUCUGUGUUUGAAAAUCUGGAGCGUAAACAUGGCAGAACGUUAUUGCAUCACACACUGGCAUAUAUCACUGCAUCAAGAAAAGGCAUCAGCGAAACUGAACUAGAAGAUGUGUUAUCUUGCGAUGACAAGGUGUUGGAUGACGUCUUCUCAACUUGGGCACCACCCAUUCGAAGGUUGCCUCCAUCGCUCUUGGCCCGAAUCAAGGCCGAUAUCGACUACUUCCUUGCUAUGCACGUUGAAAAUGGGGUUCGUUUGAUGACUUGGAAACAUCAGCAAGUACACGAUGUUGUUAUAGAGAGAUAUCUCUUCUCGAACGAGAUAGAACUCCGCCGCUUUCACUCGGAGUUGGCAGACUAUUUCAUUGGUCGCUGGACACAAGGUGCAAAGAAAGAGGAUACCAAAGGAAAUGCAAAAGACCGCCAUGUUUCUCCUCAGCCGCUUAAAUUCAGCGAUGAUGCGUUUAACUAUAGAAAACUUAGUGAACUGCCUUAUCAUUUGCUUAAAUCUGAUGACUUUGAAAGGCUGAAGCAAUGUGCCUUAUGUAACUACGAAUUUCUUUUGAACAAAUUAAAGGCCACGUCAGUAUACGACGUAUUAGACGAUUUUGUUGAAGCGCUCGCUGUUGAUCCGGAUGAACUUGACGUGAAACUUGUUUUCGAGACGUUGCAACUGUCGAUUGAAGCCUUAAACGUUUCUGCCGAUCAGUUGGCGUCACAACUUAUUGGACGUCUCUCUUCAUCUCGAUCGCCCUCUUCGUUCAUUGCGCGUUUGCUGCGUCAAGCGCACCAUCCUUCAAACCCGUCAUUUGUCCCCAACAUCCGUUGUUUGGCAAGACCAGGCGGCAGGCUGGUACACUCGCGUCCUGGACUGCAUGGAUCUCUAGUACUUAGCCAAGAUGGUAAGAAAGCAAUGAACGGAGGCGAUGACCAGCUGAUUAGCAUAUGGGAGGUAAAGAGUGCGAGGAUCGUGAAAACACUGGACACUGCUAGAGCAGUUGGUCACGUGGACUUCUGUCUUGAUGAUCAGUUGGCUGUUGCUUCUUGUCAAGGCGCGCUUCAGUUUUGGAACCUUGACGAAGCGGAGAUGGUGUGGGAGAUUCCCAGUACGGAAAACCCUGCCCCCAUCGCAAUAGCAGGAAUCAGAGACACUCUGGUAGCAGUUCUGGACAACGUCAUAAAAUUUAUUAACCUCAACGAUGGCACUCUAACAAGAGAUUUCGUAGAUCAGGAGUUCAAUCAUGACAAAAUUGCAGGAUUGGGUGAUAACAUUGCGCUUGCAAGCUCGCGAGCGAGCUACACCAGGCUGUAUGAUCUCCAAACAGAAGAUAUUCGUCUUGUUAUUGAGAUCUGUGGGGAAAACGCGGAAGAUUUUGUCAGCGAUGUCAUUCUCACCCCAUUCCAUAGAGGUCAACUUUUAGUCUCUACAGAAAAGUCCUUUGGUGUGAGAGUGUUUGAGUUGAUAUCAGGCAAGUGUCUUCACGUCCUAGGGCCAGAUAUACUCUACCCCACGGUGACCAAGAGUGGACGUUACUUGCUUUGUACUGACAGCUUCAAUGAUAUUGCCGUCUGGAACUUGGAAACUGCUGUAAAGGAGAAACAAAUGCUGAAACAUCCCCCGACCACCGCCAUUGUGAGAAUAGCUUGUGUCGAUUUGAAAAUGGUAGUUACCGUUUCCGAUGACCUCAUGGCUCGUGUGUGGGAUCUUGAACCGCAAGGUGACGACGUUAACUUUGAGAACAACAAGGACAAGAACAGCAUCCAACACCUUGUGUUGAUUAAAAGCAGUUUCCAGAAGCAGGUCAUCACUAAGUCAAAGACCCCGGGGCCUAUCUGUGUAUGGAAUCUAAGCUCGUGUCAAGUCAUUCGAACCUUGAACAACACUAACGCAGACGAGGUUUUGGUGGUAGAUGAGACACGCGCUGUCAUUCGCUCCGGUACAAAACUUGCCAUUAUUGACCUCCAAGAAGGGAAACUCAUUAAGCAUAUGCGAUCCGAUUUUCCUGCCAAGACGGAUAAAGUUCAUCGCCAUGCAAGCUCCCUGUACAAGCGUAGAGAUUUGGCACUACGUUUGGCUGAGAGCCCUAGAGCAGUGUCGACGAGUGUGAAGUUUAGUGAUUGUGCUUUAGUUGGCACAACGCACGUUCUUAUUCUUUCUAAAGACCGCUUGUAUCUGAAACUUGCCUCCCUUGAGACUGGAGAACUCGUAACAAAGCUCAAAGCUGGUCAAGACGCUGUUAUCGAAACAGUCAUGGUCAGUGGUAACGGCUUGGUUGCUGUGUGCUCUUGCGAGAAUGCUCCUCUCAUCGUUUGGGAUCUAAGGGAGAAAUCCAAGCGAUAUACGCUGGAAAUAAGUGGCCACUACCCACGCCUCACAACUGCAGACAUCAGUUCUAAUGGACAUUACCUUGUUGACGUUGUAAAACUGGACAAAACACACAAGUCAGUGGUAACCUGGGACCUAGAGACUGGAAAAGUCAAGCACAUCAUCGGUCAGGGGAUGAAAGUGUGGAAAGUAGCGUCCUCUUGUCUGAGCAUGCGCAUGGUAGUAGCGGGAACUACUGGAACGAGUGAAACGAUAAGAGUGUACGACUUGGUGUCUGGUGCGUUUUAUCAUCAGCUGAAUGGCCACACGGAACCUGUCAAAGAUGUCUGCCUUUCAAAAGAUGGAAAACGAGCUAUUUCCUUCGUUCCUGUUGGUGUUCGCGAUCGUACCAUUCGCUUAUGGGACUUGCUCACAGGUACACUUCUGGCCUCGUUCACUCCAGAUCUUCCAGUCUCUAACUGUAUUUUGACAGAUGACGGUGACCAGGUUGUUAUGGUGAUAAACAAGUCUCGGCCAAUCGUAUCUCUGACACUGUCGCAUGAGGUUGGAUCAAGGGAACUGUCUGUGGAUGUUUCUAAUCCGUAUUUUAGCCGCCCCACUCUACACGGGGCCGUCUUUGAUAUGAGCAAGGAACUUGAAUGGGAGGACGAAGAGAGUGAAUUUGAAAUUGAUGUUUGA